UGCUCAUCUUGUAGACGAUCGUCUUGUGUGUGUUAUCAAACAACAGAAUAUAAUAACAAUGUAUCAGUUACGCAAAAAAAGAAGAAACCGAAGCAAGUAAACAAAAAAAAAUAAAAAAACAACAACGCAUUCCUUUCUGCAUAGUGUUGUUAUUUGUGCGACAGUAUCGUGCAAAACGACGAUGAUAUCUUUGCUGCCUCCCCAUCUCUUCGACGAUAUACUGUUACUGUUAUCUCCAAUAACCCCUUCGCUAUGUUAAUACAAUAUCUAUACGUACUUGUAAAAAAUGAAAUGCUGACCACGGCUGAAACUCGUUUCUCUCAUUUAAGCAUAUCAUUUCUAUUAUUUCGCUCUCUUUCGUUUCUUUCGUUCGAUUAAUGAGACCAAAGACGUUUCUGUUAUUAUUCCUCAACUACUUACAAGAGGCUGGAGGUACAUACUUUAAUUAACACUUGAUCGCGAGGAAGAUGCCUUCGUGCGCCAGCGAACUGUCCAAAUCGCGUGAGUACCAGAGUUUCCGGAGUUCGGUGCCCCUUCGCAAAAUUGUCGUCGACACUGAUGGAAUAAAGGGUUGGAAAAUAUACGAUUCUAAUCCAAAAACCAUAAAAUGCCCACUCAUUUGUCUUCCACCAGUGAGUGGAACUGCUGAUAUAUACUACAAACAGAUCUUGGGUCUUUCUGCAAAGGGAUACCGAGUUAUAGCUGCAGAACCACCUGUUUAUUGGAAUGUCAAAGAAUGGUGCGAUGGCUUCAAAAAGCUAUUGGACCACAUGGGAUUGGAUAAGGUUCAUUUGUUUGGAGCUUCGUUGGGUGGCUUUCUUGCCCAAAAAUUUGCAGAACUGACUUCACACUGCCCAAGAGUCGUUUCACUAGUAUUGUGUAAUUCCUUCACGGAUACCUCAGUGUUCAGCUACAACGAUUCAGCUGCUGCAUUUUGGAUUAUGCCGUCGUUAAUGUUGAAAAAGAUGGUGAUGGGUAACUUUGGAACAGACAAGUUGGAUGGAGAAAUGAUAGAUGCCAUUGAUUUUAUGGUUGAAAGGUUGGAAAGUUUAUCUCAGUCAGAAUUAGCGUCCAGGCUUACGAUUAACUGUGUAAGUAAUUAUGUUGAACCACAAAAGAUUUGCCACUUGCCUAUUACAAUAAUAGACGUCUUUGAUGAAUACGCUUUAUCUAAUGGCGUGAGAGAAGAAUUGUACAAAUGCUACCCAAGUGCUAAAUUAGCACACUUAAAAAAUGGUGGAAAUUUUCCUUAUUUGAGCAGAUCUGCAGAAGUAAACUUACAUUUGCAGAUUCACUUGAGACAAUUUGAUGGAACAGAAUAUGCUGCUUCUAAAAGGCAACCUUUUAUCGAUGAAUCCACUUAAAGACUUUUAUUCCAUUCUAAUUUUAGUAAUAAAUAACAAGUUAUCUACUAUGUAAAUAAUUUUUUAUACCACGUAACAGAUUCAUAUUUACACUUUGAUGAAAUAAAAAAAGUAUCAAUAAA